AUGACAAAUGAACACCAACUUGUACAUGUUCUUUGGUGUGAUAUGUUACAAUUUGUUGUAAAUUCAAAAAUACCUAUUAAUCGUUCAUUUUUCUCAUUGGGUGGUAAUUCAUUAGCUAUAAUGCGUCUCUUUGCACAAUAUCAAAUAAAAUUUUCUCUUGAUACUAAAUCUUCAUCAUCGUUUAAUAUUGCUUCUUUAUUUCGUCAACCAACUAUUGCUGAACAUACUCAAAUUUUUCAACAAUGGCUUAAUCAUACUUCUUAUCAAACUCAAUUAUGGUCAACAACGGGAAAGAAGAUUUAUUAUUUUUCUAUUGAUAUUAUGUAUUCUUUAUUUGAUCAAUUUAUUUCAUUAAAUGAGGUCAAGUUAACCAAACGUCAACAUAAUGUUGUCAUAACAAAAGAUGCAUCUGUAAAUUUAAUUUAUCUUGGUACUCGCCUUCAUCAUUAUGAUUGUUUACUUGAAGGAGAAGUUUCUUUAUCAAAUUUAUUUUAUAAAAAUUCAAAUAAUUAUAUUCAAAAAAUAAUUGGUCAAUUAAUAUCUAACAGUUCAUCUGUACUUAGUCAAUGCCAAGGUGAUGAACUUACAAUUGUUUAUGGUUCAGUAUUAAUUCAACAAAUAUUUGAACAAAAUUCUAUUACACUUCAGUAG